AUGACCAAGAAGACCCUGGGUCGUGCUUCAGGGUCGCUUAAUGCCCCCAUCGCUGCUUUCACCAUGGCCAUCCUCCUAACCACGUACUGCGUCAGUUCAAUCAACACCGCCCGUCGUGAAGCGCAGACGUCAUCGGGUACCACUGCAGCCUCCUCCCGUCCGAAGCCUCCAGCAGACAGGAACGAUCAAACAUCCUGGGUCCAGCAGGCCCUUGAAGAAAGCCGUGAAACUGAGCGAAGGAAAGGGGCUUAA